GUAUGCAAUUAACUUCGAAACCAAAAUGUUGGGGCAACGUUUAAAGAUUCAACAAAUAAUACGCACAACUCUACCGAUACAGCAGCGCCAGCAAACCAGUGCUGCUAUAUUAGAUCAUGAGACAGCCACUGCAAAGCCUGCGAAUUGGGAUUCGGCGCGCCCAUACAAUGAAAUACCAAAGGCUUCCAUGCUGAAAUUUAUAUGUAAUUUGAUGCCCGGUGGCAAGUACAGUAAAAUGGGACCCGCGGAUAUUAUGUUGGAUUUGCGGAACGAGCAUGGCCCUCUCUUCAUAUUGCCUGGUCUUGGCAGGAAAGACUUUCUUGUUUCCCAUGAUCCCCAUCAUUUCGAGCAAGUGCUCCGCGCAGAAGGCCCUUGGCCGGAGAGGCCAGGAAAUCAUGUACUACACCACCAUCGAACCGUGCUUCGCGAUGACUUUUUCAAGGGCACUGUGGGCAUUUUAUCAUCACAAGCGGAGCAAUGGUCAAAAUUCCGAUCCACUGUUAAUCCCGUACUGAUGCAGCCGAAAGCAGUUCGUCUAUAUUAUCAAAAAAUGUCAUCAGUAAACAAGGAGUUCAUGCAGCGCAUUCGUGAGAUACGUGAUAGCAGCACUUUUGAAGUUCCCGACACUUUUGAGGAUGAGAUCAAUCGCUGGACUCUGGAGUCCGUUUCGGUUGUAGCUUUGGACAAGCGCCUGGGAAUAAUGACUACAAAUCGCGAUAAUCCGCAAGCCAAAAAACUCUUUAACUAUCUUAAUCAGUUUUUUGAGCUGUCGGCAGAUCUUGAAAUGAAGCCGACAAUUUGGCGUUACAUAGCCACUCCCAAGUUCAAGAAGUUAAUCAAAACCCUAGACGACAUCCAGGAGGUGACAACUGGCUAUGUUGACGAGGCUCUAAAUCGUUUGAAGGAUACGCCAUCCAACAAACCCGAGAAUGAAAAGAGCGUGCUGGAGAAACUCUUGGAAACCGACAAACAGAUCGCCAUCGUCAUGGCCAUGGAUAUGCUGAUGGCCGGUGUGGAUACGACGACCACUACUUUUACUGGUGCACUCCUCUGUCUGGCCAAAAAUCCCGAAAAACAAGCAAAGCUGAGAGAGGAAGUGCGUCGUAUUUUACCCAACAAGGAUUCCGAGUUCACAGAAGCCUCUAUGAAGAAUGUACCUUACUUGCGCGCCUGUCUCAAGGAGUCACUACGUCUGUAUCCUUUGGCAUUGGGUAAUGGUCGUGUCACCAAGACGGAGCUCGUACUAAAUGGUUACCAGGUUCCAAAAGAAACACAAGUUAUGAUGUUGUCCCACGGCCUGCUGACCGAUGAACAGCACUAUCCCCGAGGCAACGAAUACUUGCCCGAGCGCUGGCUUCGCCAAAGUAAGGAGGAAGCUGCGAGUGGAAAAUGCCCGCAUUCCCUUAAAGCGAGCAGUCCAUUUAUCUACUUGCCUUUCGGAUUCGGCCCCCGCAUGUGCAUUGGCAAACGAAUUGCUGAAAUGGAAUUGGAAUUGGGAAUCGCACGACUAAUUCGAAACUUUAAUGUUGAGUUCAAUUAUUCCACAGACAAUGCCUUUAAGAGCGUGCUGAUUAAUGUGCCGAACAUACCUCUGAAAUUUAAGUUUACGGACGUGGAAGAUUGAAACAUGGUCGGCUGUCGAUCAUAAAGAUUGGAUUAUAUGUAUUUUGUACUAUAUUACCAUGAGAAAUGAAUAAAUAAGUAAAUCACAUACCAAAGAUUUAUACCAGUUUUAA